AUGGCCGCGAAUAAACAGUUAGCACUUUUAAGUGCACUUUUAGGUUUUAAAAAACCUUUUGUUGCCCAGCCGGCCAACCGCAUUUGUGGUCUGGGGGCAUGCCCGCCAAGAAAAUGAUGAAAUUUAAACCCUCCAAAAAAGUGGCAUUUUUAACCAUUUGCAAAAUAUCAGACAGCUCGUCAACUAAAGGUUAAUACUCGAUAUUUCACUAAUAGUUUUAAAAUCCUCCAACAGUUUUACUGAAAAAUAUUACAUAUUUGCAUUAAAAUGUAACGACUAUAGCUGUGCGAAAGAGGCGAAACUUAUUCUGGCUCCCUUAACAUUAGAGGGACGCCCCUCCUCCUGUUGAUGUGAAUAAAUGUAAUUCAGUUUACCCAGCAUGCACUGAUAGUAUACUAUUUCACUGAUUGUUUAGAACAUUAUCCAACUACAACUACUUACAGACCUGGAAAUGCACAAAUUCAUAUUCUUAACAGCAGCCGGCACCUCUCAAAGAAAACGUUCUAUGAUCAUUCAGAUGGCUUUCAUGAAAAAAGAUUUGAAUUAAAUGGCCAGUCAAACCUUAUAGUACAAUUUGAUUUUGGAAUAAUGGAUAACGAUAGUAAUGAAUUUUGGAGGUGUGAUAUAAAACAGGACACGUUACUUGCUCAGCUGUUUAUUGUAAGUAUAUAAUAUUAAUAAUACUAGGAUUGAAAUAUUGAAUAAUUGUUAACCGAAUUCCGCUCCGUCACGAUUAGCCAAAGUUUUGGAUGCCACGCAUGUACUUGGCCCGAGUAUUGACGAAUUACCUAACCGAGUUACUAUAUAUAUUAUUGCUGUUCUCGAGUGCGGAGAACAAUACCUCUCCACUAUAUAUAGUACUACAUUCACACUUCUAGAGAAGUGGAAAUGAGCCGAAUCUACUCCGAAACGAGAUAAACAAGCAAACUAUGAUAAUAACUUAAUAUACGAGGGGAUCCGGACAUGGAAAAAUGUAACGGUGGACGACUGACACCGUAGGAAACCAACGGCUCGCAACGAGAAGGGGCUUCUGGGGAGGACCAGAGGAACGAAUAAGCAACGUACGGUCCCGAACGAUAGUUCAUCAAUCGCGAUGAGACCGACAGGGGCGAGUCGAUGCCCAACCGACGUAAAAACGAGACGGCCCGAACGAAACGCGUAUAAUAGACGGACGAGACUAGCGGGAACGACGUCUCAACAACGUACAACACACAAGGAUUGGGGAACAGCCAUAACACCGAACUAGGAAGCGUUCCUAUAGUGACUAAAGGAGGGGAAUGCAGGUUUUAUAAGCAUGCGAUAAGCCCGUAAUUACACGCUUAUAUAUACGCGUAUUGAAUUUAAAAUGAAAUUAACGCAUAUAUUUGGUAAAAAGAGGUGUCGGUACCUAACGAAACUAACUGAAUCCUAAACUAGUCCUGACUCUAACCUCUAACCCUAAACUAAUCCCCUAAACUAAUCCCCUAAACUAAUCUCCUAAACUAAUCCCCUAAACUAAUCCCCUAAACUAAUCCCGACUCUAAACUUUAACCCUAAUCUAAUCUUAAAUCUGACACUAAUCUAAACUUGACGACCUUUUUUUUAAAAAUACUAGCUUUUAAAACCAACACAAGCCACUCAUUCUUAACUGACAACACGCUUCGCCGACUGUGACCAAAACUUAAUACCUCGAUUCAUCGUCAGAAAUAUCAAAUUGUCGAUCAAUUUCAGAUUCUUCACUGCCAGAUAUAGGUUCACUGUCGUCUUCAAUUUUAUCAAUAAUAUCCAAAACCGGCAUCGGCAGAUUUCAUGGGGCCGAUACGUUUUGAUGUAGAGGCCAUUGUGUUAAAGCAGUUUACAUGAUAAACACAACAGGUGGAAACCACUGAGCUGUAUAAUAAUGUAAUAUGUAUAGCUCGUCAGUGCGGAAAACUGUAGCCCGCGUGCAGGCCCAAGGGAACUGAUAGUGGGCCUGCAAGCAAGGCCCGGUAUUUUGCACUUUCUGCGUUCGUCCACGAACGCGGCAUUCUGAUUGGCUGUUUGCUGUUAGAUUCUAUAAUUAGGUCAGUGAUUUAACACAAAGGCUCUCGAUAAGCUUAAAAUUCGAAAAUUGAUCACUUUUUUCGAUUACAAAUGGAACAAGAACAGACUGUUUACUGUUUACUUGAAGGAAGAAAUGUUUUUGCCGUUAUGCCAAUGGGGAUUGCUUGCCGUGAGGUGUUGGAAUAGCAACAUUACGACUGGGGUAAACUACAGGGUGUAUAAAAAUAGGUACGCACUGCGUACAUGUGGCUAGCCUAUUCAGCCUGGUCGAAUACAGCCGGAGUUCACAUUGUCAUUAACAUUCAUCACAAACAUUCAUUUUGAUACAAAAUUAAUCAUUACAAUAGAAGAAUGGUCAAAAUAAAACAGAUGCAGUAUCUUUCUUACAAUGCCAACAAAUGGCUACAAUCACUUGAUUUAAAAGCAACAUUCGGUUUUGCUUCAAUAAUAAGUAUAUACAUGCAGCAACUAAUAAUGUCAAUUUUAUUGUUUUUCAAAAUUGCACUAAUAUGUAAUUCACUAAGAUUUCAUUACAUCGGUUUCUUGUUACAGAUAUAUUCUGUUGUACAGAUUAUAUUCUUGUUACAUGAUAUAUUCUUGUUACAUAUAUAUUAUAGCAUCGUAGAUUUCAUAAAACCUUUAAAUUCAAAGUUCUUCAUCAACAUAAUAUACUUAAUACUAGAUUUCUAAACAUUUUUAUUUAUUGUAAGAUCUAACAGCAUCAGAAUUUAUAAUGAACUCAUGAAAUCAAUUAUGUCAUCACCACUAACUUGUAUUGCCCUGACACUUGUGCAAAUAUUCUGAUCUUCCUAUAUUAUCCAAUAUUAUCACCAGUCACCAUAUUAUCAGCAAAUUGACCAGAAUAUGUGUUUACUUAGUUGUUUGAAGUACUGUAGAUGCCAUGCAUCACUAUGAUUUUGAAUUGUGCUUUUAUCUGCAAAUUGUUUAAAAUUAAGAACCAAAUAUUUACUGGCAGCUCACAAGACUGACACAUUAUAAAUGAUGCAGGUAUAAAUUUAACCCAUUAAGCGGCAGAGCUUCCCCAUUGACGGGUAAAAUCGUCUGGCGUUAGACAAGUAAAAGAAAUAAGUAGGGUGCAUUGGGGGCGUGGGGCGCAUUGCAACUCAUUAGGUUAAACAACACAUUUAACUGUGGCAAUAAAAGUAUGAACAUGCUACUCAAUUGACACUGCUGUUAUUAAGUGCUGAAAAGAAAUGUUGAAACUUGUCGAUAUGACCUCAUCACAUUAUGACUGUGAGUUUUCUUCAUAUAUACUCUCGCAACUGCAACGGUCAGUGUUUUAUUGUGAUUGCACUAAUUUUCAGGGACGUAGCAAAGCAUCUGAAGUUUGGGGGGGUGUCGGAUGUCAAAUGGUCAUCAUUUUACAAAAAUAACGACUUUUACACAAAGUUUACCUGAGAAUGUAAAAAUUUACAAGUAUUUGAGCUUUACCUGAGUUUCACAGUUGUGGAGUUUGCCCCCCUCCCCCCCACACACACACACACUCCCCUGUCUCUACGCCCCUGCUGAUCUUAGAUCAGAUAUAAUAAUACAUAUUAUUUACAUCUGGACUAGAUAUCCAAAAAUAAACUGCACCUACAGUUGCAUCUCCUAGUUUAAUAGAUCUAAUAAAUGUAAAAUAAUACAUUUUCACUCAAUUACUUCCAUCUAGCUAGAAGAUCCUUCAACUGUAUGUAAACAGACUGAGCUUCCACGCUAGUAACUACUAGACUAUAUUAAUAUACUGUAAAAUAGUCCAGCCUGUUUUCUGUGUUAAGUGUAGUUAAAGUUUUAUACCUGCAAGUGGACAGGGCAGUUGUAGUACUGUUGUAAAAUAUGCCAACAAUGGGCUAUGCCAACUAUUACCCACAUAACGGUAUAUUAAAAUUCAAGAUCUGUGCAAGAACGUUUGAUUAUAAACAGGAUUAUAUAAACUCACUAUAUAAAGCUUUAUAUGAAGCAUGAUCUAAAUCUCCUUGACCAGAAGCAGAGUCCAGAGCAGACAUGAAUAGCAACACGAUAGCAAUGACAAUGUUUUAAUAAUAUAAUAUGAAAUGACAGAUUCACAAAUUGUAAACAUAAAUAUCGACUGAAAUAACAAAAGUUAACUUACCGUUUCCUGUGAAAAAUUCAUUCGAGUAUUUCUACCAGCGUUGUCAACUGUAAUUUUGCUGAGUGAGGCAUCUUCCAGUAUUAAAGUCGUUUAAUAGUUGUAAGAUACCUUUUCUGUGACAACUGGCAUUUUAAUAUCAUUGCCUCAUGCCAUCAACGACAGUUUCCGAACGCAGUCGACAAGUUCCGUCACAACUUCACAACUCUUACAGUUUUUAGCGUUACAUUGUGGCUAGCCCGCGAACGGGCUAGCCACAAAAAAAAACUGAACAGAUUUGAAAUUGCUCUCAAUUUCGUAAAACACCUAUUUGUAUCCGGUUUUUUAUAUAUAUAGCUUCUUUGGGUACUUAUAAUGUAAAAUAAUGAAAAAAAAUUUUCGAACUCAAAUUUUGUGAACCAGGGGGGUGUGUCUUUUCCAACAAACUAAAAAUGGCUCGCGCACAAAAUUUAAAAGCUGCAAUCAUAUUUUAAGUUAACAGAUGGAAAAUUUGUCGGGAUUUUAAUUACUGUACAAAAUUUCAGACAAUUUGAUUUAGUUUAAGCUCCUUAACUAUUCACGCAAAGUUACAAUUUUCCCGAAAAAUCAGCUAUUUGCAUGCUUAAUUAAUGCAUUUGCCUAAUUUGCAUAUGUCAGCAAUAUGCAAAUUAGGUAAAGGCAGACUUUUUAGAACAAAAUGAAUAGUUAAAGGGCUUAAACUAAACCAAAUUGUCUGAAAUUUUUUACAGUAAUUAAAAACCCGACAAAUUUUCAAUAUAUCAACUCAAAGUAUUAUUACAGCUUUUAAAUUUUGUGCGCGAGCCAUUUUUAGUUUGUUGGAAAAGACACCCCCCCCCCUGGUUCACAAAAUUUGAGUUCGGGAAUUUUUUUUCAUUAUUUUACAUUAUAAGUACCCAAAGAAGCUAUAUACAUAAAAAACAGAUACAAAUAGGUAUUUUGCGAAAUUGAGAGCAAUUUCAAAUCUGUUCAGUUUUUUUUGAUACACCCUGUAUAGUAACCUUCACUUGAGUUUCAUUAAUUUCAAACAGACUUGAUACGUUAUAUGUUCCUCAAGAAAAUUAUCUUUUGGUUGAUGUUGAGAUGCAGUUGCAUGUAAGCCUAUUCGAAAAACUUUGCAAUUUACAAGGCUUCGCUGAGAGAGCGAAACAGAAGACGGUAUUAAAUUGCCGUUUGAAACGAAACGAUCUGGACUCUGAACGCUCUCUUCUUUCUUUGUAGAGUUCUUUACCAAAUGAAAUAACUGAAAUAAAUUUCGUACUUUCCGCCGCCAACAAGAAUUGCACACACGAUCUGAUAAGUGAGACAAUUUAUUUAUAAUAAUGGCGACAGCGAAGCACACAUUAUAAAUGCUAAUGUGGUCGGCACUGGUCGCACGACUUCCCUCACGAUUUGAAGUUUCAGACUGGUUUUCUGUUGAAAUUUGUCGGAUCCUAAUUUGCCUGUUCCGACUUUAGUUGAAAAUGAGCACUUGCAAAUUUGGCAAUUACUGACUGCGUUGCUUGCUUUUUUGGAGUUAAAACGCAGCCAUUUACACAUUGUUUAUGUUCUGAAUAAGCGGAGAAAACCCCGCAACAUUUUAAUGCGAGUUUGUUUGUUAAUAUUUGGUUGCUCUCAUCGGUUCUUUUUUGACAAUUGACGCGCGAAUGGGGCGUGUUAUGAAAAGGGGAGUUUUACAAAAUACCGGGCCUUGCUUGCAGGCCCACUAUCAGUUCCCUUGGGCCUGCACGCGGGCCAACCUCGUUCCCAGGCUCUUUGCUCUUGGGAAGCAAAGACCCUGGCUGGGGCUGGUCACGUGCUGCGUGCUAAAAUAAAAUUGUUAUUAGGGUAGGGUGGCAGGGGAGCGCGUUUGGAAAAUGACAACUUGUGUAGUUGUGUAUAUUAUAGUUUGGGAUAAUAAAAUUUAAAUUUGCAACAAGAAAUUCUGAAAGAUUUCGUAUUUAAUAUGACACGACUUCGUCCUUUGUAUUAUUGAGUGUUGGGUUACAUUAGUCAAGCGAGAAGUUGGAUCAGAUUUCAGUGGACACAAGGCUUUUGGCAAGGAAAGCACGCUUCGCUAUAAAAACAGUAAAACACAAUCUAUAAGUGUAAAAAUCUAGAUCGAUCGAGCAAACGAUGUGGUUACGUUGUGACUGUUGUGACCGAUACGCAAACCCAACGGAUUACCUUACGUAUAGAGAUGUGGAAUUGCUAUAAAAUAACGAGAUCCUAGCUGUCGGCCUGUCAUCUUGCCAACUGUGUGUAAAUUCUAAACAUACUCUCCCGACUGUUAGAGACCGUUAAAACUGUGAUAUAUGCCGUUUUGGCCAUCGCUGAGACUCCAUAAUCAAGAAUAUAUUAUGUUCAAGUAUAGCUUUCUGUUAUUAAACGUGUAUCAUCCGAUGUAUAGGCAAAGUCAAAGACUCGUCCGUGCGUGCGGUACAACUUGAAUAUUUAUAUUUAUUUAUAGUAUUGUUAUAAUAUGCGUAUAUAACAAUUAUUUCAUAUUUAUUACAGUAAUAUACACCCGCACAUUAUAAAUAUUAUAUAAAGAGCUUUCAUUGCCAUUGGUUUUGUAGCUGGAUCUAUCCAGAAUAUCCUAAAUUUUAGUUCGUAGAGUUACAUGAGAUCCAGCUUGUAUUUUUAAAUAAACGCAUACUGCCCUGCUGUGAGACAUCAAUAUAAUUAUUGUCUUUUUAGAAUUAAAAUGUAGCAUCCAACUAUGCCUUACUGGUAGUGAUGGGCGAUUACCGACUACUUGGUAUCGAUAUCACCCGAUACCAGACCCAAACAGGAAGUAGUCGAUACUGCACGGUAUCGAAAAAGUGUUUCGAUUACUUUUAAAAUUAGACAUUCAUUAUAAUCCUGCAGUUGUGUCAUCGUUUUCAUGGUUAUUUCUAAUAAAAUUUAUGUACUUUUUUGUAUUUUGCUGCAUUUAUCAAUUUAAUCAAACUUCCUUUAUACUUUAUUUGACAUUCUAUCCUCAUCGACAGAAUAAAUUAUGAAAAAGGCGGGAAAUAAAGUAGUUCUUGUUUUUUUGUGGAUUAAAAUGGCGGAUCAAAUCGUUACUGUUAAAAAUAUGUAACUUUCUGAAAAUAUAUCGUUACUGUUACAGUAGAAGGCUACUUCUUUAACAGUCGGCUCUUUAUUAAGUGACUUACGUUUAUUAUUUUGAAAAUUGGAGGAAGUAAUCGUUUGGGUAAUCGAUACCUCGAUACUUUAACCAAAAAGUAAUCGGUAUCGUAUCGAAACCGAUACUGUCGGUAUCGCCCAUCACUACUUACUGGAGACAAACAGCCAAUCAAUAGAAAUUUUAAAAUGCUAAUAUACAAACUCAUCAAGUAAUGCUAUCAUAUGUCUGUGCGAGACUUUGUUGUGCCGUGUGCGUAUAUGGAGUUUAUGAAUUAUGUACCUGUAUAUAUCCCUGACAAAAUCUGGAGACACUUUAUUCAACAAAUAAUAGAAAGAUACUUCCCUACACCUUAUCUGCUAUCAUUCCUUUGCAUUCACUGUGCACUAUGCAUAAAAGGCGGGGGUAAGUCGCUAUAGUAUAGAAUUAUAUAGAAGAUCUGUAGAUACUGUGUAUAAAUAUUGUACUUCGUGCAAACAAAAAAGGCGUACAGUAAUUCUUAUAAUUCUGUAGUGUGCUUUACCAAGUAUUGUACCUUCUGCAGUACCUAUAGUGUUUACUAUAAAUUAUCAAUACUUUUAAUUAAAUAAAAUCAAUAGCAUAUAAACAGGUUAAUAAAUUUUAGAAUCAAUAGCAUAUAAAAGUUAUUAAAUAAUUUUAGAAUCAAUAGAAUGGACAUUCAAUGUCUAUUUGGCUGGUGUCCAAAUGUGCAACGUUUGCCGUCCGAACGUCCUAAACAUGCAGUCGCUCUUGAGACCUGUAUUGAAACAAUUGAAAUUAACAAGUAUAAAAUCUAUGUAAAGUUUAUACCGUUUCCAAAAAACAACAAUUUAGUGACAUAUCAUAAAAUUUUAAAAAUAGGUGAACGAGAUGCCGAGCAGAAACAUGUGAAAUAAAAGUGCGCCCAAGCCCGAGAACAUAAGAACUAUUUCAAGUAUACGAUCAUACGCUUUUAUUGCUAUAAAAAUCUGUUUAGCAUAUUGUUAUAAUUUAAAAGCAAAUACAAAUCAAAUUUGGCAAGUAUAUAUGAUUCUCAAAGUUGAUCGGUACAAAACACUCACUGCUUGCAAUAGAAGUGUAAAGUACGAAAGUGGAAGCAUGUAAUUUGAUACUUUGCCUACUCCCCUUGAGCGAUCAAAUUUCCGUGUGACACGUGACCAGCCCCAGCCAGGGUCUUUGCUUCCCAAGAGCAAAGAGCCUGGGAACGAGGUUGCACGCGGGCUAGGAAAACUGCGGUUAUGUGAUCACUAGCGGUCUGCGGUAUUCGCAAAAUUACGUCAAUUAUACUUCAAUUUUAAAUCAGUAAAGUCUGGAAUAUUUGGAAUAUUGUAAUUUUGUAAUAUUACACUUUGGUUAGAUUUUCAGAUUUCUAAUAUAUAUUUAACAAAUAUAAAACAUUUUCCGUGUUGAUAUACAGUUAUAUCCCGAAGGGCGUCGUGUUUUCACACAAUUUCUCGUUUUCCCAAUUUCCACGAGUGUUGAUAUAACUAUAUAUCAAUACGGAAAAAAUGUUUUAUAUUUGUUUUAUAAUAUAGCACAAAGAAAUAUAAAGAGAGAAAUUUUCCGACGUUUUCGUGUUGACAUUGAGUUAUAUCAACACGGCUCUUAGCCAAUCAGCGUUCAGAAUGCUAUAUUAUAAAGAUCUUUUACCAAUAGACGAACGCUAUGUUGAAAACAUGAUGUAUUCUUUUAUCCAGUUUGGAGAAAACUCUGUUCAAUUUGUAGAUUAAUCUCUGGCUUGUUAUUGUUUCCUCUAUAGGAUGGUGGAUUUAGAAUAGUACCUACAGUAUCUCCACCUUAUUCCCAUUCAUCGUCCAUUAAGCUCAAGACGUUUGAUUGCAACAAUAAACAACUUUUACCUUACCUCGGUGGCGUCGCAUUUGUUCUGCCUGUAGUAGAAGAACGUCCUGUAAUAUUUGGACUCAGAAUCAUCCUGUACAGGAAACAAGAAGGUCAGUUUGGAAAAUUAAAUCAAUCAUUAGUUUCAUUUAUAUAG